AUGUCACUUAUUCAUAAAUUUAAGAAUAUCAACUUUGAAGAUGAUGAUGAUGGUGACGAUCAAGAUCAAUCAUCAAGUGUCGUUUGUCAUACUGCUGGAUUGACGACUACGACUACGACUACGAUCACAUUCAUAACUAUAUUUAGAAAUAUAUUCAUACGCAAGAAUAUAUUCAAUGCAAUUAGUUCAAUAUCUGAAAUAGACAGACAGUUGAUGGUCAUCUUGAACGAGGACAGCUCGGCAACACAUAUGUUUGAAAAGGGAUCUGUCAUUGUCCAAUUACCAUUCUUUGAUAUAAUAGAACGUUAUUGUAUGAGAUGGGAGUUUAUUAAACAUUAUCUACCACUUGAUCAUCAUCUUCCUCCUCUUCCUCAACAACAAACAAAUGAUAAUGAUGAUACAACUACCACAACAAUAACACCUCCUCCUCCUCCAACUACAACAUCUAUUAUAAUAGAACCAGAAAGAUUAUUAAAAUGUUUAAAUAGAUAUCCUAAACAUCCAAAUGCAACCCUAGAUACAUUUCUUUGUCUCAUUGAAUGGUCAAGAAAAGUGUAUGGUGUAGAUUUUGAACCAAAGAAACCAUUUAUGAUGUCGUGUUGUGAAAAUGGUCAUCUCGAUAUACUCUCAUGGACACAUCGACAUUAUCCCAAUGUAUACUGCUCAAAGAAUGCAAUGAAUAGUGCCGCCAAGCGAGGACAUCUCUCGGUGGUAGAAUUCUUACAUUUCAAUAGAACGGAGGGUGCCAAUACCGAUGCAAUGGAUUGGGCGAGUAUCAAUGGACACAUUAAAAUCAUUCAAUUCUUGCACGAGUAUCGUAAAGAGGGGUGCACCAAGAAUGCAAUGGUAGGUGCUUCCAAGAACGGACAUCUUCAAGUUAUCAAGUUGCUCGAUCAAAUGGGAGCGUUGUCAACUACCGAAGCUAUGGAUUGGGCUGCACGAAACUCACAUCUCUCAAUUGUAAAGUAUUUACAUUAUAAUAGAACUGAAGGGUGCACAACACUAGCACUAGACUAUGCAUCUAGAUCUGGUGACUUGGACAUGGUAUCAUUUUUACAUCAUAAUCGAUCAGAAGGAGCUACCACCGACGCAAUGGAUUGGGCUGCGGAAAAUAACCACAUUGAAAUUGUAAAGUUCCUUCAUCUCAAUCGUACAGAAGGUUGUAGUAUAGAUGCAAUUGAUAAAGCAUCUAGAUAUGGAUUCAUUGAUAUUGUUAAAGUAUGUCCAAAAAGAUGUUCAACCAAUGCUAUGAAUUCAGCUGCAAUGAAUGGCAAUUUUGAAAUAGUUAAAUUUCUUCAUUAUAAUCGGUCAGAGGGGUGCACUCCGUUGGGAAGGUUAUGGGCACACGAGAAUGAGUUUCAUGAGGUGGCAGAAUUCUUGUACGAUAAUCGAUCUGAAUCAAGAGUUUAA